GCCCUAUUAAAUGUUAAUCUCUGCCUGUGCUAAAAGUGAAAAGCGACAUCAACCAAUAAACCAGUCUGCGGGUAAGGCGCACGGCUGGGAAGUUUGCUCUGACUCUGCAGCUUUCCCAAAGCGAUAAGGAAACUUAUCCUUCUGCCUCAGCAAUGGCAGAAGCUGUUAUAAGGCACUGGGUGGAAACUCCCAUACGGUAUCAAGAGCAGUUUGCUGCCCAAGAGCUGGAAGAACACAAACUGGACCACUUUUUAUAUGCUUUGCCGGGCCCUUCUACAGCUGUACUGAGCAACAGAAGGUGUACCACAGAACAUACUGCUGGGACCAGGAAAAGCAGCCAGGAGGAGGAAAACACACGCUUUCAGGUCUUGCUGGACGUUGUGCAGUUUCGCCCUGAAGACAUAAUUAUUCAGACUUUCGAAGGCUGGCUCCUCAUCAAAGCUCAGCACGGACCCAGGAUGGACGAACAUGGUUUCAUAUCCAGAAGCUUUACCAGACAAUACAAAUUACCUAACGGAGUGGAGAACAAAGACUUGUCUGCACUUUUCUGCCAUGAUGGCAUUUUGGUUGUUGAAAUGAAGAACUCAGUGGGAAAGAAUUAGAGUCUUGUCCAUAGUUUAUUGGUGAGAUAAAAUCUUUCUUAAUAUAAUAAAAUAAUAUCAUUCAAGCAAUGCUGUAGGGUGUACUAAGCAUGUGGCUGUAUUUAUAUUACAGUAAAGGAAAAUAUUUGUGUAUAUUUUUCAGUAUGCUGAGUUUAUUGUUUGAUGUGAAAUGUUAGACUGAUUGCUUCCAGCUACAUAUGUGUUGGAAAGCCAGGGUUUUUGAACAGUAGAAAAUUUAGGCUACUCACAGCAAGAGAAAAAAAAAUAUCUGUUUGAUAACAUUGAAAAUAAAGCACAUUUAUGAGUUCAGAAUGAGGACUUGUGUUUCUAAGGAAUAAGCAUUUGUUGUACUUAGUCGUAAUCAUUAAAGUAGCA